CAUUUUAUUUGUGAGCUUCACUCUGAGAGCAUCUUGGGUUGCGUGACACUUCCACUUUCUCAUUCCAGGAAAAAAAAUGGGUUUGCAUUAAGUGGGAAGUGCUAAAAGUGUGUGCAAGCAAAGGUUGACGACACAAGAAGUUAGGGCUUCUUUGGAGUUCUUGGUUUGUGAUUUCUUAGUCUUGAGAAUGAAGCAUAAGGGUUGUAGAGAGAAAAGUGUUGUAGUGGGGAAGAAAGUAAUAGUUGCUGUUAGAGCUUCAAAGGAAAUCUCAAAAUCAGCUCUUAUUUGGACUUUAACUCAUGUUGCUCAACCUGGAGAUCGAAUCAGACUUCUUGUUGUUGUUCCUUCCAAUUAUUCAAGUAAAAAGAUUUGGGGGUUUUCGAGACUUACCACCAACUGUGCAUUAGGCCAUGGAGGAUUUUUUGCUGGAACAAACUCAGACCAGAAAGAUGAUAUUCACGAGUCUUGUUCACAGAUGAUGUUCCAGUUACACAAUGUUUAUGAUGCAGACAAGAUAAAUGUCAGAAUCAAGAUUGUUUUUGCUUCACCUGAUGGAGUCAUUGCUGCUGAGGCCAAGAAAUCUAACUCAAACUGGGUGGUUCUAGACAGGGGACUGAAGUAUGAGAAGAAAUGUUGUAUUGACCAAAUUGAGUGCAAUCUUGUGGUAUUCAAGAAGUCACAGCCAAAGGUUAUUCGUCUUAAUCUGGUGAAAAAUGCAGAUACAGAGCAUCUAGAAGCUGUUUCCAGGUUAACUUCAAAGUCUGUCGUCUCCCGGAGAAGCUCAAGACAAGGUAGAAAGCUGAGGGAACCGUUUGUGACUCCAGCCAGCAGUCCAUACCAAGAAGGUUCUGAAAUGGGGACUUCAUCUAUAUCUAGCUCUGAUGCUGGAGCUUCCCCAUUUCUAGCUUCACAACUCUUUGAGGGCCUUAAUCCAUGGGUCAGUGAUGGAAACAAGAGUUUCAUUGAAUCUGAUACUGAGUCGGAUGGUGAAAAGUGGAGUCCUAUAUCAAUGGCCUCCUCAUCUUCUCGUCCUGUGAUAACAUCUGACAUUUUGAGUCCCAGUGGUGAUGUAACAAAACCUCAUAAUACCGGAACUCCAAGAAAAUCAAGAUUUGCUUCGGUUCUAAGGCUAGGUUCAUCCAAGAAAGAACCUGACGUCCGUAAAACUGAUACAUGCUUAAACAAAAGCGUGAGAGAAGUGGUUUCCUUAUCAAGAAAGCCAGCUCCUGGACCUCCUCCGCUAUGUUCCAUAUGCCAACACAAGGCACCUAGAUUCGGAAACCCUCCAAGAUGGUUUACUUAUAACGAGCUGGAGACCGCAACGAAGGGUUUCUCUAAAGGGGGUUUCUUGGCUGAAGGUGGGUUUGGUUCGGUUCAUAGAGGAACAUUACCAGAUGGUCAGAUCGUUGCUGUGAAACAGUACAAGAUUGCUAGCACACAAGGUGACAAAGAGUUCUGCUCUGAAGUUGAGGUCUUGAGCUGUGCACAGCAUAGGAACGUUGUAAUGCUCAUUGGACUUUGCGUGGAGGAUGGGAAAAGAUUGCUGGUUUAUGAGUAUAUCUGCAAUGGUUCUUUACAUUCUCAUCUUUAUGGUUUGGGGAAAGAACCGUUAGGAUGGUCAGCGAGACAAAAGAUUGCGGUUGGAGCAGCUCGUGGGUUGAGAUACCUUCAUGAAGAAUGUAGAGUUGGUUGCAUUGUUCAUAGGGAUAUGCGUCCUAACAACAUUCUCCUCACUCAUGAUUUUGAGACUUUGGUUGGAGAUUUUGGAUUAGCGAGAUGGCAACCAGAAGGAGAUAAAGGAGUGGAGACAAGAGUGAUUGGAACUUUUGGGUACUUAGCACCUGAGUAUGCACAAAGCGGACAGAUUACAGAGAAGGCAGAUGUGUACUCUUUUGGGGUUGUCUUAGUUGAGCUUAUCACAGGAAGAAAAGCUAUGGACAUUAAACGUCCUAAAGGUCAACAAUGUCUCACCGAAUGGGCAAGACCGUUGUUGCAGAAACAAGCCAUCAAGGAGCUUCUUGAUCCGCGUCUGAUGAAUUGUUACUCCGAGCAAGAAGUUUACUGUAUGGCGCUAUGUGCUUACCUUUGCAUUCGCCGUGACCCUAACUCAAGGCCACGAAUGUCUCAGGUGUUGCGGAUGUUAGAAGGAGACGUUGUCAUGAAUCAAGUCUAGAAUCUUCACAGGGAAAAGAGUCUGCUCUUGGAGUUUGUAGAGUAUUUAGAGUUGGUUAAUGAGUAUUGUUUCGGUUUAUAUGUACAAGUUUGUUAAUGAGACUAAGAUUCAUGUCGAAGUUUGUUUGUUGAGAAUUUUGUGUAGAUGAUCAAUGAAGUUUGUAAUAUACUAUACAAUUCUAUUUUAUAAAGAUUGCUGCGUAA